GGCAUUCGAUCUUUUCCAAAUGCCCGAGGAAGAUUCACUCCUCUAUUUGCCUUCUUCUUGAUGGUUACAUUCCUACACGUAGCUUCAUUUUCAGAUCGAAGUUUCAAAACGAUGAAUCAAACAGCUAUUACUGCCGUUUUCCUGUUUCUGCUACUUCAUGUUUGUGCAGCAGAUCCGCUGGAUACUCCCUGUUCGUAUAACAGAGGCAAUUACACAACCAACACCCCCUUCGACAACAACCUCAAAACCCUCCUUGCCUCUCUGCCCGACAGCGCCGCUCAAAACCAAGGCUUUAACUACACUUCACUUGGGGACGGAGAUGACAGAGUGUUUGGUCGAGCGCUUUGCAGAGGAGACAUCAACUCCACGGACUGCGAAACCUGUCUGGGAAAAGCAAGUGAAGAGAUUAAACGCCAGUGCCAAACCAGGGAGGCUCUGAUGAGAUAUGAUCAGCGUUGUCAACUCGAGUACGGCUCUACACUCUUGAAGCGUUACAAUGGGAAGUACCCAGACUCAAAUGGCCUGAAGAAAACCGCGUCUGAUCCCCUUCGUUUUUCGCGAGUUUUGAAGGAGUUGAUGGGUGACCUUUCUGACGAGGCUGCUUUCCAUUCCGGGCUCAUGUUUGCAGCUCAAAGUAGAAAUUUCUCAGAACAGAUUUCUAUUUACGGGCUUGUGCAGUGUACAAGAGACUUGUCUAAUGCACAGUGCGGUGAAUGUUUGAAUAGCGCCUCGGGAGAUCUUGAAGGAUGUUGUGGCUCCCGUGAAGGAGGAACGGUUUAUGGUGGGGCUUGUUCUGUGCGUUUUGAGAUAUACCAAUUUUAUUAUACUGCCAUAGAUACCCGUGGGCAUAAGACAAAAAUCUGGGUUCCUGUCACAAUUGUAUCUGUUUUAGUAUUUCUGAUAGGAGUUCUGGUUGGGUUCUUUGCGUGGUAUCGUCAAAAGAGGAAGCACGCAGGAAUAGAUAAAGAGGAAAGAAGCCAUAGAGGAAUGCUAGGUGACAUUGAGGCCAGACCUGCAAUUAAUUCUUUGACUAUAGUGGGAAAGUAUGUGUUAAGUUCCCAGGAAAUGCCAGCCGUGGAGCUGCCCGUCUUUGAUGCAGCCCCGGAAAUUUUUUCGCAGUCUAAUAAGCUUGGACAAGGCGGAUUUGGCACUGUUUACAAGAGUGUUCUGCCCAGUGGGGAGGAAGUAGCAGUGAAAAGGUUGUCCAGAAAAUCAUGGCAAGGGGUGGAGGAACUGAAGAAUGAGGUGAUGCUGAUAGCAAAACUUCAGCACAGAAACUUGGUCAGGCUUCUUGGGUGUGCCCUGGAAGGGAAUGAAAAGCUGUUGAUAUAUGAGUUCAUGCCCAACAAAAGCCUUGAUUUUUUCCUAUUUGACAGGGAAAAAAGGUUGCUGCUUGAUUGGAAAACACGGUUUAACAUCAUUGAUGGAAUAGCUCGGGCACUUGUUUAUCUUCACGAGGAUUCCCGGCUGAAAGUGAUACACCGGGAUCUUAAACCUAGUAACAUUCUGCUCGACAAUGACAUGGUUGCCAAGAUAUCUGAUUUUGGAAUCGCUAGGAUCUUUAGUGAGAAACACAACCCUGCCAACACCAGAAGAAUCGUGGGAACAUACGGAUACAUGGCACCUGAGUAUGCAAUGGGGGGACUAUUUUCAAUUAAAUCUGACGUGUUUAGCUUCGGGGUGAUAAUGCUGGAGAUCAUCAGUGGACAAAGAAAUAGCAGCUUUUACAUCAGCGGAAGCCCUCAGACACUACUCUCCUAUGCAUGGAAGCUUCUGAAUGAAGAAAUGGAAUUGGAAGCUGUAGAUCCUGUGCUGAUAGAAUCAUCUUCUCCAAUGGAAGAAAUAGCAAGGUGCAUCCAUAUUGGGCUUUUGUGUGUUCAAGAAGAUCCAGCAGAGCGGCCAAGAAUGUCAGAAGUUGUUCAUCUUUUGAAAGGAGGACAAAUGUCAAUGUCUAAACCAAGCCGGCCACCAGUUUCUUUGGGAAGAAGAUCUAACCAUGCCAUUCAUCUCAACCCUUCAUCUCUCACAGGAUCAUGUGCCACCACAUUGAUUACUGGUAGCUACUAUAGGCCUUCAGAUCAUGGCUGCAUGCAUGAUAUUAGACAUACAAAAUAGUGAACUAUAUAUAUAGUACGUGAAGUUAUAGCCAUUCAAUUAAAUAUUUGAUAUAUACAUGUAA